CUUCAACUUCAACCUAAUCUAAACCUGCGUAGCCCUGUGUAGAGGCGGCAACACACAAAGAGUUUAACGGCAUAAACCCUCGGAUUGUAUCUCUCUCUAAUUUUUGUUCUUUCUAUCUCUCUCCACAAUUUGCUGGAGAAGAAAUAGUUCAACGACAUAAACCCUAGUUCUGCUUAGAACCAAACGCAUCAAUGGCGAAAUCAUCAAAACGCAGUGUCAAAACCAGCAAUGCAAACACCACCAAUAACAACAAGAACACCAGCAAAAAGAAGAAGAAGAACAAGAUGGGUCCAGAAGGUGUAGCCAUGAAAGCGAAAGCUCCUAAGGCGAACGACAACCCUUUCGAGUCAAUCAGGUCGAAGAGGAAGUUCGAGGUAUUAGGUCAGAAGCGUAAAGGAGAUGCUAAACGUAUGGGGUUGGUGCGUUCGGCUGCUAUCGAGAAGAGGAAGAAGACGCUUCUUAAGGAGUAUGAACAGAGCACUAAAUCGUCUCAAUUUGUUGAUAAACGAAUUGGAGAGAAUGAUGAGGCUCUUGAUGAGUUUGGGAAAGCUGUUCUGAGAUCGCAGCGUGAACGUAAGAUGAAUGUGAAAGUGAGUAAGAAAAGCAAGUAUAACUUGCCAGAUGGAGAAGAUGAUGAUGAGUUCGAAGGAAUUGACACUCUUGGAAGAGAUGAUUUUGAGGAGCAGAUGCUUGAUGAAUACGAGGAUGAUGAAACUGAUAAGAAAUCAUAUUCGGGUAUGCAGAGUCCGGGGGAAAUUGGUGUGGCUGACGGUGAGGAAAAAAGACAUAAAACCAAGAAGGAAGUGAUGGACGAAAUUAUUGCAAAAAGCAAGUUUUACAAGGCUCAAAAAGCAAAAGAUAAGGAAGAAGAUGAAGACCUGGUUGAAGAAUUGGAUAAGAACUUCACUUCUUUGGUUCAUUCCGAGGCAUUAUUGUCUCUCACUGAACCAAACAAGAUCAAAGCUUUGAAGGCUCUUGUGAACAACAAUAGUAUUUCAAAUGAGAAAAGUGAUAAAGAUAUCUUGUCUACUACACGGACAAUUGAUAAUUCUGUGCAGGAAAAACAUGAUGAUUACGACCAACUUGUCAGACAAAUGGGAUUUGAAAUGCGUGCUCGCCCAUCAGAUAGGUUGAAAACAGCAGAAGAGAUUGCUCAGGAGGAAAGAGAACGUCUAGAGGAGUUAGAGAAAGAAAGGAAGAAAAGGAUGGCUGCUGCCGAAGAUUCAAGUGAUGAAGACGAUGAAGAUUCUGAAAAGCCAUCAAAACAUAAACCAAGAUCUCUUUCUGGUGAUGACCUUGGCGAUUCCUUCUCUGUCGAUGAAGAAACUAUGACUAAAAAGGGUUGGAUUGAUGAGAUUCUUGAGAGAAAAGACGAGGAGGAUGAAGAUGAUGAAGAUUCUGAUGAUUUGGAAAGCUUUGAAGAUCCUGAUGAAGGAUCAGAGGAGGAUCUUGAUGAACACAAAAAGGUUAUUACUUUGAAAGAUUGGGAACAGAGUGAUGAUGAUAUCAGUGCAGGUUCGGAAGAUGAAGAUGAUGACGAGGGCGAAGAAAGAGAUGCAGAAGAACUUGAUGAGGUAAAAGGAUUGAACGCUGGGAUUCAUAUAAAAGCAAAGAGAAAUGAUUCUGUUGAAAGUGUAAAGGGAGAUAACGGUUCUUUGGAUGCCAAGAAGAUAGACAUUGGAGGGAAAAUGUCAAAAGAGUUGGAGAUUCCUUAUAUUAUUGAAGCUCCAAAGACCUUUGAAGAAUUAUGUACACUGGUAGAUAUACGUUCAAAUUCUGACAUUAUCUUAAUUAUCAAUCGGAUUCGGAAAAGCAAUUCAAUCCAGCUUGCUGCAGAAAAUCGAAAGAAAAUACAAGUAUUUUAUGGAGUAUUAUUGCAGUAUUUUGCUGUUUUGGCGAAUAAAAAACCAUUGAAUGUUGAGUUAAUUAAUAUGCUGGUGCAACCAUUGAUAGAGAUAAGUAUGGAAAUCCCAUAUUUUGCUGCAAUAUGUGCUCGUCGCAGAAUAGAAACCACCAGAAAACAGUUUGUUGAGAGUAUAAAAAAUGCAGAAAGUAGCAGUUGGCCUUCUUCAAAGACGUUGUGUCUCUUGCAAUUGUGGUCCAUGAUAUAUCCAUGUUCUGAUUUUAGACAUCCAGUCAUGACUCCCGCGGUACUAUUGAUUUGUGAAUAUCUGAUGCGUUGCCCUAUAACAACUGGUCGGGAUAUUGCCAUUGGCUCUUUCUUAUGCUCUAUGCUUCUCUCUGUAUUUAAACAGUCACGAAAGUUCUGUCCUGAACCAAUAAUAUUUAUCAAAACUCUGUUGCUGGCAACCACUGAAAGUCGACAUAUUUCAUGCGAAGAUUCUCAGUCAUUUCAUUUUAUGGAGCUGAAAGAUCUCAAGCCUCUACUGUGCAUACAUGAGACAGUAGACAGGAUUAGCGCUCUGAAUUUUUUUAAGAUAAUAGAAAUGCCAGAAGACUCCCAUUUCUUCACUUCUGAUAGUUUCAGGGCUAGUGUAUUAGUUACUGCUAUUGAAACUCUACAAGGAUAUAUCAAUGCCUAUGAAGGCUUAAGUUCAUUCCCAGAAAUAUUUUUACCAGUUUUGAAAUUAUUAACUGAGAUAGCUGAACAGAGUAAUACGCCAAAUGCAUUACGGGAAAAAAUUAAUGUUGUGGCUGGUGUCAUUAAGUUGAAAGCGGAUGAAUGUCAUGCUUUGAGGCGACCACUUCAAAUGCGGAAACAAAAGCCAGUUCCAAUCAAAUUAUUGAAUCCUGUGUAUAGGGAAAACUAUUUUAAAGGUAUAGAUUAUGAUCCAGACUUUGAGCGUGCUGAAAGGAGAAAAUUGGAGAAAGAAGUGAAGCGGGAAGCUAAAGGGGCUGCUCGUGAAUUACGUAAAGACAACUACUUCUUGCUUGAGGUGAAGGACAAACAGAGGGCUAUACAGGAGAAGGAAAGAGCUGAGAAGCAUGGAAAGACUAAAGCUUUCCUUCAAGAACAAGAACAUGCUUUUAAAUCUGGACAACUAGGAAAAGGGAGGAAGAGAAGAAAAUAAAUUGAUAUACCCAUCCUGUUGGUAGUUAUAGUAAUACUAUAUCUCCCCACUAAAUGAGUUAAAAUGUGUGGGGCUAUUUUUGCCUUCAUAUUCAAUAGUAAUUAAUCAGUUUUGUGCAAUUGUUGUUUGAAUGCUAUGUUGGUAAGAGGGACUAAAACAUAGGCUUUCCAAUCCUUCCUUCUCCACUCAUUAUUUUAAGAGAUGAAGCAAAGGUUUCCUCAUGACUAGUAUGAUAGUAUUACAUUUUUGUCUUAAAUACACCUUUAGUUAAUUGAUGAAUUUAGUCUCCC